CCCCCUCCCUGUCCGGUCCGGGUUCGCUUGCCUCGUCAGCGUCCGCGUUUUUCCCGGCCCCCCCCAACCCCCCCGGACAGGACCCCCUUGAGCUCGCCCCUCAGCUGCCACCAUGAGCGACCAAGAUCACUCAAUGGAUGAAGUGACAGCAGUGGUGAAGAUCGAGAAAGGCAUUGGUGGCAAUAAUGGAGGGAAUGGCAAUGGUGGUGGUGCGUUUUCUCAGACCCGGAGCAGCAGCACAGGCAGUAGCAGCAGCAAUGGUGGCGGAGGAGGGCAGGAAUCCCAGCCAUCUCCUUUGGCUCUGCUGGCAGCAACCUGCAGCAGAAUUGAGUCACCCAAUGAGAACAGCAACAACUCCCAGGGUCCGAGCCAGUCAGGGGGCACAGGUGAACUUGACCUCACAGCCACACAACUUUCACAGGGUGCCAAUGGCUGGCAGAUCAUCUCUUCCUCCUCUGGGGCUACCCCUACCUCAAAGGAACAGAGUGGCAACAGUACCAAUGGCAGCAAUGGCAGUGAGUCUUCCAAGAAUCGCGCAGUCUCUGGUGGGCAGUAUGUUGUGGCUGCCACCCCCAACUUACAGAACCAGCAAGUUCUGACAGGUCUACCUGGAGUGAUGCCCAAUAUUCAGUAUCAAGUAAUCCCACAGUUCCAGACUGUUGAUGGGCAGCAGCUACAGUUUGCUGCCACUGGGGCCCAAGUACAGCAGGAUGGUUCUGGUCAAAUACAGAUUAUACCAGGUGCAAACCAACAGAUUAUCACAAAUCGAGGAAGUGGAGGCAACAUCAUUGCUGCUAUGCCAAACCUGCUCCAGCAGGCUGUCCCCCUUCAAGGCCUUGCUAAUAAUGUGCUCUCAGGACAGACUCAGUAUGUGACCAAUGUUCCAGUGGCCCUGAAUGGGAACAUUACCUUGCUACCUGUCAACAGCGUUUCUGCAGCUACCUUGACUCCCAGCUCUCAGGCAGUCACGAUCAGCAGCUCUGGAUCCCAGGAGAGUGGCACACAGCCUGUCACCUCAGGGACUGCCAUCAGUUCAGCCAGUUUGGUGUCAUCACAGGCUAGUUCCGGCUCCUUUUUCACCAAUGCCAGUAACUACUCAACAACUACUACCACCAGCAACAUGGGAAUUAUGAACUUUACUACCAGCGGAUCAUCAGGGACCAGCUCUCAAGGCCAGACACCCCAGAGGGUCAGUGGGUUACAGGGAUCUGAUCCUCUGAACAUCCAGCAGAACCAGACAUCGGGAGGCUCACUGCAAGGAAGUCAGCAAAAAGAGGGAGAGCAAAACCAGCAGACACAACAACAAAUUCUUAUUCAGCCUCAGCUAGUUCAAGGGGGACAAGCUCUUCAGGCUCUCCAAACAACACCGUUGUCAGGGCAGACAUUUACAACUCAAGCUAUUUCCCAGGAAACCCUCCAGAACCUCCAGCUUCAGGCUGUUCCAAACUCUGGUCCCAUCAUCAUUCGGACACCAACAGUGGGGCCCAAUGGACAGGUCAGUUGGCAGACCCUUCAGCUGCAAAAUCUCCAGGUUCAGAACCCACAAGCCCAGACAAUCACCUUGGCUCCGAUGCAGGGUGUUUCCUUGGGGCAGACUAGCAGCAGCAAUACCACCCUUACACCUAUUGCCUCAGCUGCCUCCAUUCCUGCUGGCACAGUCACUGUGAAUGCUGCUCAACUUUCCUCCAUGCCAGGCCUCCAGACCAUUAACCUCAGUGCAUUGGGUACUUCAGGGAUCCAGGUGCACCAGCUUCCAGGUCUGCCAUUGGCUAUAGCAAAUGCCCCAGGUGAUCAUGGAGCUCAACUUGGCCUGCAUGGAUCUGGUGGUGAUGGGAUACAUGAUGAAACAGCAGGUGGAGAAGAAGGAGAGAACAGCCCUGAUCCCCAACCCCAAGCUGGUCGGAGAACCCGGCGGGAAGCAUGUACCUGCCCAUACUGCAAAGACAGUGAAGGAAGAGGCUCUGGAGAUCCUGGAAAAAAGAAACAGCACAUUUGCCACAUCCAAGGAUGUGGCAAAGUAUAUGGCAAGACAUCACAUCUCCGGGCACACUUGCGCUGGCAUACAGGGGAGAGGCCAUUCAUGUGUACCUGGUCAUACUGUGGGAAGCGCUUCACACGUUCAGAUGAGCUUCAGAGACACAAACGCACACACACAGGUGAGAAGAAAUUUGCCUGCCCUGAGUGUCCUAAGCGCUUCAUGAGGAGUGAUCACCUGUCAAAGCAUAUCAAGACCCACCAGAAUAAGAAGGGAGGCCCAGGUGUAGCCCUGAGUGUGGGCACUUUGCCCCUGGACAGUGGGGCAGGUUCAGAAGGCAGCGGCACUGCCACCCCUUCAGCCCUUAUUACCACCAAUAUGGUAGCCAUGGAGGCUAUCUGUCCAGAGGGUAUUGCCCGUCUUGCCAACAGUGGCAUCAACGUCAUGCAGGUGGCAGAUCUACAGUCCAUUAAUAUUAGUGGCAAUGGUUUCUGAGAUUAGGCACCUGGGGCCAGAGACACAUGGGCCAAUACCCACCAACCCCAGGAUACAAGGUAGUGUGGGUCCAAGAGACACAUGGAAGAGCGAGCCAUGAGGCAUUAAAGUACAUGGUGGUGGAAAGAAUUUGGGGAGGGAAGACAAGAGAAGAGAUGGGAUUGUGGCACCCACUUGUAUCAUCGGUGCCUCCUUGGAAGUGGAGGAUGUUAGUGAGAAUUCUGUUGGUGCCACACUUUGAUAAGCAUUUAUUUAAUCCCAGUUUCUUCUUACACUUCUUACUCCAGCCUCCCCAUCCUGCCUUUCCCUCUGAGCUCUCCCAUGAUGGGUCCCCCCCUUUUCUAAAGCCAUCAUGCCUUGAUAAAUAUAUAUGAUCAUUGAAAUACUUUUUAACAAAAACAGAUUCUAUAUUAUAUAUAUAUACAUAUAUAUAUAUAUAUAUAUAAAAAGAUAUAUAAAGAUGCUUUCACAGGGGUUGGCUGGGAGGAAGAAAAAGACCAUUCUGUGACCAAAAUACCUUGGUCAUUUUUUUUUUAUUAUUGCCUUAUUUCUCUGUGGCUGAGCCUUACUGUGACACAUCAAGCUUUUCUAUAGAUGUUGUCCUUGCCUCCCACCAGAGUAAGCAUUCAUAUGCUCUGCUUUUAGUUCAUAUAUACAUAUAUAAUGUGUUUUCUUUCUUAAUUUUGUCAUUUUAUUUGGGAUCAGCUUCUUGCACUGCUUUCCUGACUCAGUCCUUUUUGUCUCCCUUCUCUCACCUGAUUAUUUCAUGUAUUGUUUUUGAUAUUGAUCCCUCGAUUACACACUUUUGUCAGUCUUUUAAAGACCUUAGAUCCAGCAGCAGAAUGAAAAGCCUUGGAGCCCAGUUUUGAUGUUUGAGGUAGCUUAGAGGGAGUGUUCAGAAUACUACUGACGCAGGCACUUUGGUGCUGGAGAGUCAAAAAUAUCUCCCUUUGUUAGCUGCUCUAAGUAUCAGGAAAUUAGAAGUCUUUCUGUGGAAUUGUAUAAAUAUGAGACUCAGAAGGAGAUAAUCUUGGAUUUGGUGUAUAAACUGUCAAAAUGGUCAGAUAGUAGGGAACAGCUUUCAUAGUCUUGGGUUCAGAAGUUAGUGGAAUUAUUAGGAUAUUGGUAUCAUUGUCUUCCAAGGUAGCUCUCAGCCUUAAUGAUGGGCUUCUGAGUCCAAACCCUGAAAGGAAGUAUGCUUCCUCUUUUGAACAUUUCUGUAGGUUCUUUCUAAUGUUGUUAAGGAAUAUCAGCUAGUGAAUCUGUUCCAGGUUUUCAUUCUGCAGAAUUUACAGUAUGUGCCAGUGGCAAGACAGUAGUUCUUGAGAUUUUUUUUCCCCCUUAACUCUUCCUUGUAUGUACUUGGGUGGUUCCUAAGAAAAAAGGAAGCACACAGCCCUGGGGAUGAUAGCCCAGAACAAAAAGGAAUCUUGUCUUACCUCUGUGGUUUACAGGAGAGAUUGGGAGAAACCAUCUUGUUUUCUCCGUGACCUGAUUCCAGAAGAGACUGAUCCAAAAAUUACAGCGGCAGGGAACUCAGUGCAAUUGGCACUGAGAUUUAAAUGCAACCAGAAUUGUCCUCAAGGCCCAGCCAUUAAAGCAUUGUCUCUCUUGACCUUUUGGUAUCUUGUCAGAGAGCUUUUCACUGUGAGGAAGUGUGGAAAUGACUGUGUGUAUGUGUGUAAUCUAUUAGGUUGGGGAUAGGUUUUCUGUUAGUCAAUAUUUAAAGAGACCUGCAAUAAAAAAAAUUACCCUGAUCUGAUAGAACAAGUAAAGUGUUUGUGUAUGACUGUGUGUGUGUGAAUGUGUGUUUGUGCCUGUAUAUAUCUUCAUGCAGAUGAGAAAUUAUAUUUGAAAUUACUGGGACAUAAAUUCAGAUCAAAAGGCCUUUCAGGCCCAUUAUCUAGAAAUCUGUCUUAAAACCUGAGUAUGAUCCUGAGGUCAGUUCUCUGCCUAUGCUAAAUCAACUACAAUUAUGAAUGGGGGCGGGGGGAGUGUUGUACUGCACUUUUCUAAAGAAGAAACUAUUUUUGUGUUUGAAAAUGAAAUCAAUAUCCAGAUUGAUAGCAGAAUCCUUACUAAGUCUUUUGAUCUUGGCUACAAAUAGAUGAUGCUUAUACAUUUUAUAUAAAAUCCAUCCAAAUCAGGUUCGUGCACGUUUGUGGUGUUGUUAACCUGAAAUACAAUAGCUGUUAAUACUCUUAACAAUAGUUUCCUCCAUUUGGUCCUUUCUUUGCGGACUCAGUGCUGUUAUCAAUACUCAGGAACUUUCCUAGAUCACAUUUGUUAAUACUGAAGUAAAGUUAUCUACCCCCAGCCACCAUCACACCUUUUAUAGCCACAGAAAAGCAGAACUCAGACCCUGUUAUUUUAGGUCUAUAAUCAUGUGUUUUGGUAUCUUUUGGAGGAAGUGGGAGGAAAACUCACCAGUAUGCAGUAUUUUGGUAGAACACUUCAAGGCCUAGAAGAAGCUCUCCUGUAUGAAGAGCUUGGAUAUAAACCAGUUUAAUGAUGCCAAGGACCACAAGCAUUCAUAUAAGUUAUUUGAUGGUGUUUUUUUCUCUCUUGAGUGAAGAACUGAUGGUUUACCAUCAACAUCUACUUCCUUAACAUUAUCAUGAAUGAGUUUAUGUCAGAUUCUGCUUUUCCACCUAUAUCCUCUAGUGUCUUAUUUGACCCUAAAACAGAAGCAGUUUCUGCUUGUGUCUCCCAGCAGCAGUGAGCCACUCAGUCUUUUUUACAGCCAGUUAAGAGGCUACAUUCCUUGAGUCAGAAUCUCAUUACUGAAAAAUCCCUUCCCUGAACUUUUGGCUAGCAGAAAUUAUGUAAUUGACAUGCAUAUUGAUUCUGAACAUUUUUAAUGAGUUGUUCAUUUUUUGUUUUGGUUAUUUUGAGUCACAGCCUUACUCUGUAGCCCAGGCUGGCCUGGAACUCACUGUGUAACCUAGACUGGCCUUGAACUUUGGGUUAAUCUUCUUGCCUCUGCCUACUAAGUGCUGGGAUUACAGGUGUGUACCACCAAGCAGUUUUCAUAAUUUUUUUACAUGACCAAACCUGGCAGGAUGGUAGAUGGCCACCAUAGUAAUCUUAAAGCAUGCAUCCCUUGUACUUCUAGGUUGGCCAUUCACAUUCAUCUACAUGGUAUUUGACUGUCACCUUUUAUCCAGAGAAGAAUGACCCCACACCAUCUUCCUUCAGAGACCCCCCCCCAGCUGGCACUCUGUUUUGAGGUGCUAAACAAAAUGCAAUAUAACAGAUAUUUCUCAGCUUAGUUUCAGAAUAAAAGAACCUUUAAUCACAGAAAGUAUAGAUUGGAAUAUGGGGCAAAGGUUAUAAUUGGGGGAGGGUUGGAGACAAAAGCUGUAAAUUACUAUGGCUGAUUUAUUUCUACUACAUAUAUAUUUUUUGCUUUUGUAUAUCUUAUAUAGAAAACUAAGCAUUGUAUUUUUUUAACAAAUCUGAGAAAGCACUAUGAACUGCGGGUGUUUGACUUUCAAAAUAUAUUUUGUAUUGUUAAUACUUCACAUUAUGUGAGUACUGGAAGCUGCAGAUCAUUGCUAGGACGCAAUACAUUUAUAUACUUUUUGAGGGGUUCUUUUGGGUGUGCUAAUCAGGCCUAUGUUGAGGGAGCCCUGGUGCUACGUGAUUAAGGUUUUCAUUCAGUUUUAAAUACCCUGUUGUCUUUUGGAUCUUGGGAUCAGAUCAGGUACGAAGGAAAUGAGAACAGUUUAGCUGCCUCAAGUGAGGCCCUUUGUGUGGUUCUCCUUCCCCUACACAAAGCUGGGUAGCCCUUGGAGUUGGGAGGAGAAAUUCUUGAAAUCUCAGAGUGUCAUCUUCCCUCAGAAGUGGGCCAGUAAGUUAUGUACAAGGAUGAAAGGUAGCAGCAGCAGCUUUGGGGGAAAAGGAGGAUAUGGCACUUAUCCAACCCCAUAAAACAUUGCUUUUGAAAACUGCUGAUAAAAUAUGGGCAGGUUCGUACUUUGGUUUAGGAGACUGUUCUCUAGUGCCUCUCUUGGCUCUGCUCCGGGGGUACAGACCUCUUCUAGGAGGUUCUGAAUAGACUGGCUUUGAGGCUGACCUGUUUCUUUUCUUUGUCUGCCUUUCCUAAACACCACCCCCCAGGAAGACAUUAAGCAGUGUUUAGCUUACUCCCUCUUCCUACUUGGCUUACUUGCCAUAGAUUGAAGACUGGGAAAGAAGAGGGCUGUCCUUGAUUCCUUCCCUAGGUCAUCCCUACUCUGACUU